AAAUUAAUUUUCUCUACACUCACAGUCCCAAUAAUAAUUGAUUUGAUUGCGUUGUUUUGAUUGUUUCUCAUGUAUAAAUGAAAAAGUGAUUAAUCAAAAUUAUGAUUUCUCCAUUGAAAAGUGUCCACUUUCAUCCAGUUGGUAAACUUAUUUCAAUUCUAAUUGUGAUAAUACCUCUGAUUAAUUGUAACAGUACAGCAAUUGACCCUCCCAACGAUUCUUAUAAUAAUAAAAAUCUAACUGAAAAUGGGACAACUGAAAAGCCGAAACUUAAUUAUUCAAGUCAACUAAAUAAUUCCUCAAAAGUGCUUAAUAGCAAUGGAAAACAGGAGCGAAACUUAGAUGUUGAUGAUUCAAAUGAAGAGAAACCUAAUGUAACUGACUAUCAAAUGCCCGAUACAUUGAGGUCAUUUUUAAACGCGCUACCAAGUUAUAGUAUUCUCAUUAAUCCGGUUGUCCAGUUCCACAAUGAAACUGAUUUUAACGUCACAAUGGUUACUAAGAUUAUCCAUUCAUUUAACAAUUCACCGCCAGUUAUUUAUCCUGUUGAUUCUAUGAACAUGAAUGAAAACGAAGUACGUAAAAUGUUGGCUGGUCUCAGUUUAUCUUCCGAUGUUAAUGACCUGAAAAAAGCUCGAGGAAGUCAGAAUGUAACAACGGACAGUCCACCGCCUUGUGUAGUAAACAAAACAAAUAUCGAAAAUAACAACGAAACGAAUGUCUUUUCAAAUAGUGAUACAAGAGCUUUGAUUGCAAAUUUUAACAAUCAAACCUCGAAAAGUUUCAAUGUCUCCGAUUUGUCAAUCAACGCGACCAAUGACACUAAAACUACACCGAUUGUAUCUGAGCCAACUGCAUCUACUUUUAAAACGAAUGUUACAAAUUCAAUAAGUACAACUACGAGCCUUCCUCUUGUCACUCGAGCUGUUCCACCUUCAACCUCAACCUCAACAUCCAGUCCAGUUUCUGAAGCACCAACAACCAGCAAACCUGAUCCGAAAUUGAAUUCACUUGUUGAUGAAUUAUCGGAUAAAGUGAACUUUAAAUUGCGACCUGUUCCAGAGACAGUUUGGACUCCUGAAGGACUUAAACCAAACAAUCAAAGCUCAAGAAACAACGAUAUUGAGAUAAAUAAUGAAAGGAGAACAGAAAAUAAUCAAAUCAAACCCGAAACAAUUAAACCGAUCAAUCCAUUAGUACUUAAACAAAUUGAAAAAUUAUUGCAUCAUAACAGCAAUCAACGUCAACCCCAACCCCAACCCCAGCCCCAACCCCAACCACAACCCCAACCACAACCCCAACCCCAACCACAACCUCAACCACAACCUCAACUUCAGCCUAUUCAGCCUAUUCAGCCUAUUCAACCAAUGAUAUUAGAUAAUAUUUAUAAACACCCACUUCCUCCUCAAUCAAAUGGACAAUAUAAUUACAACAGAUUUAACAACAAUCAGAAUACUGGAAACAUAAUUAACACUCGAGGACAAAAUGUAAAAAUCCCCAGCCCUCCACCUCCAGUAAAUGUCCGUAAUAAUGUUGCAGGUCAAUAUCAACCUCCGAUUGUUGGACAUUACCAACCACGUCCAAAUAAUGAUCCAAGUGUACCUUAUGCCAUUGAAGAGAUUGUCCAUUCACAAAGUCCAAGAAUUAACCAACGGGACUCUAAAGAAAUGGAACCAGAACUUUUCGUUAAAAUAAUUCGUCAUUAUUUCACCAAUACCUUAACUCCAAGUGUAACUAAACGAACCUUCAUCAGGCAAGCGCCUAAAAUGUUACCAUUAACUGUUAACGCGUGGAGAUCACAAUUAUUCAGACCAUUUAACCACCGAAAUAAUUAAGAAAAUCUAAUUCGAUUCCAUUCUCAAAAAAGUGAUAAUUGUAACCACAAGAUGGCACCACUUUUGUUGAUCGUUUUUUGAAUAAACAAUUAAAACUUUUUA